AUGAUCUCCACUCGUUGGGGUGAAGAAAAGACAAGGGGAGAAUUAAAUAACACGGAGUUGAAUUGAAGAUCCGAUCAGCACACAGCACACAGCACACAGCACACUGUUACCAUAAUCAUCGCAACCCAUCCCAUACCAAAAACAAAACAAACUCAUCACAAAAACGAAACCGAAAUUUUGGUAGAGAGAGUUGAGAGUGUUGCGAUUUGUGCUGAACCAAACUUCAUUCUUUCACUUUCAAGUUGAAAGGACAAGGACUUUCAAGGUUCAAUCUGGUGGUAAGAUUUCCUAUAUGCAGCACUUCUUGUCUUGUAGCUGUUGAGGAUUUUGGAUAGUUGUAAUUCUAUAAGGAAAUAUUCCCUUUGAUCUAUGCAUGUCUGGCCCUGUGGCCAUAGUUGAGAAUUUGGAUGGAGCACUUUCUUGUGCAGAGAGAACGAAAUCUCUUGAUGUCAUUUCUGCGAUAGGCAGCAUAUCGAUAUUGACAAACGGUGAAGCUGGGCAUUCCACUGAAAUUCCUGGAUUUAGAGUUGGGGAACUCUUACUUUCUAAUGGGGAAACGUAUGCUGGGUCCCUUCUCGGCAACAUUCCAGAGGGUCAGGGUCGGUAUGUAUGGUCAGAUGGUUGUGUGUAUGAGGGUGAGUGGAGCCGGGGGAUGAGAAAUGGAUCUGGGAAAAUACAAUGGAGUUCUGGAGCAGUAUAUGAGGGUGAAUUCUCUGGUGGCUAUAUCAACGGUACCGGAACAUAUAUUGGUUCUGAUAGUCUGACCUACAAAGGUCGCUGGCGGUUGAAUCUUAAACAUGGGCUGGGUUGUCAAGUUUAUCCAAAUGGAGAUAUCUGUGAAGGCUCUUGGAUCCAAGGAACACCGGAGGGUCCAGGAAAGUAUACCUGGGCAAAUGGUAAUGUAUAUUUGGGGAAUAUGAAAGGUGGGAGAAUGUCAGGAAAAGGAACUCUCACCUGGUUAAAUGGAGACUCAUUUGAAGGAAGCUGGUUAAAUGGUAUGAUGCAUGGUCUUGGGGUAUAUACUUGGAGUGAUGGAGGCUGCUAUGUUGGGACUUGGACACGGGGUCUGAAAGAUGGCAAGGGAACCUUUUAUCCGAGAGGCAGCUGUCUUCCAUCGGCACAAGAAAUAUAUCUUAACGCGUUGAGAAAAAGAGGACUAUUGCCCGAUUUGAGAAAACAGAAACAGGUGCAUAUUCAUCAUGCUGCAUCAGUUGAUAUGGGAGAUGUCAAGGUUGGUGAGAACCAGAGAUCAAGUCAUUUUUCAUCUGAUAAGCUCGCUAAAGGAAACCUUUUAAAUCUAGAACAAUCUCGCACCAAAAAUGUUUCUCUAGAAAGACGCUGGAGUCUUGAGGUGUCUAUUGAGAAAGUUAUUGGCCAUGAUUCAAAAUUAGGUUCAACAGAUUCUGUAUUUGAAACUGGAGAUAAAGAGGCUAAUGCAAAGAUCCCAAUUUUGGAGCGUGAGUAUAUGCAAGGUGUAUUAAUUAGUGAGCAAGUUUUAAAUAGUAGUUUUUCAUCAUUGGCUAGAAAAGCAAAACAGCUUCAAAGAAAACUUGCCAAAGAGAUUCAAAGACCUGGUGAAACAAUCAUUAAAGGCCACAGGAGUUAUGAUCUGAUGCUUAGUCUGCAACUCGGAAUAAGGUAUACUGUGGGUAAGAUUACCCCCAUACAGAGACGAGAAGUUCGAGCAUCAGAUUUUGGCCCCAGAGCAAGCUUUUGGAUGAACUUUCCUAAAGAAGGUUCUCAGCUGACACCUCCUCAUCAGUCAGAGGAUUUUAAAUGGAAAGAUUAUUGUCCAAUGGUGUUCAGAAAUUUGAGAGAGUUGUUCAAGAUUGAUGCUGCUGACUAUAUGAUGUCCAUUUGUGGAAAUGAUGCCCUGAGGGAACUAUCUUCUCCCGGGAAAAGUGGUAGCGUCUUUUUCCUGUCUCAAGAUGAUCGAUUUAUGAUCAAGACACUGCGAAGAUCUGAAGUAAAGGUUCUUCUACGAAUGCUUCCAGACUAUCAUCAUCAUGUGAAAUCAUAUGAGAAUACACUAGUCACAAAAUUUUUUGGUCUGCACAGGAUUAUACCUUCGAGUGGACAAAAGUUUCGCUUUGUUGUAAUGGGAAAUAUGUUCUGCACGGAAUUAAGGAUCCAUAGGAGAUUUGAUUUAAAAGGUUCAUCCUUUGGACGUUCUUCAGACAAGAUAGAAAUUGAUGAGAAUACCACUCUUAAAGAUUUGGAUCUAAACUAUUGCUUUUUCUUGGAACCAUCCUGGCGGGAGUCUUUAUUAAAGCAGAUUGAGAUCGAUAGCAAGUUCUUGGAAGAACAACGCAUAAUGGAUUACAGCCUGCUUCUAGGUGUUCAUUAUCGAGCUCCGCAGCAGCUGCAUCCUCGCCCAUCCUACAACCAGAGCAUUAAUGCUGAUGGUUUGGCAGUUCUUGCAGAGGAAGACCCUCUGGAGGAUGAAGUAUACAACUACCCGCAAGGCCUUGUUCUGGUCCCUCGAGGAGCAGAUGAUGGCAGCGUUGUUGUAGGGUCCCACAUCAGGGGUAGCAGAUUGCGAGCUUCAGCUGCUGGUGACGAGGAGGUGGAUCUACUUCUACCCGGUACAGCAAGAUUACAAAUCCAACUUGGUGUGAACAUGCCAUCAAGGGCAGAGCAGAUUCCGGGAAAAGAGGACAUGCAAAUGUUUCACGAGGCUUACGACGUCGUACUUUACCUGGGUAUCAUUGAUAUAUUGCAAGAGUACAACAUGACUAAGAAGAUUGAGCAUGCAUAUAAAUCACUUCAAUUUGAUUCAAUUACUAUCUCGGCGGUUGAUCCUACAUUCUACUCACGUCGCUUCCUUAAUUUUAUCCAGAAAGUGUUCCCACCAAAUGUGGCAGGAAGAUAAAGUUUGGGGUUAACUACAUCUAGUUAAUUUAUUCUGAGUAUGUGAACAUUGUGACAUUGUCACCUUUUGUGCAUGGUUUAUAAUAAUUGAUUUAAAUGUGUUUCUUAUGUUUAAGAAUAUGUUCACAACGCGCAUGUCCAGCAGACGUCACAACCUAUUGUUACUCUCUGGCUGUGGUAAGAAACCAAUAAAAGGGGUCUCCUACCUGUUUCCGGUAUUUAGUGAA